AUGCCAGAAGAGACAGCCGAUGACACAGUCGAUUGCCGAAAAAAUGAAGCGAAGAGAUUGUGGCGUCAGGCAAUGCCCCACAUGACUUGGCAUGCCUACAAGAAGCUUACACCAGACAUUGGUUCAUUUCCGCUUUCUUGUCAAACGCCUCGAAUUCAGCGCUUCUUCAAUAGUCGCGACAGAUGCCACAAAUGUCGGGCCAAACGGCUCCUUGUCAACACUCUGUCGGGUUAUAUCGAGUUGAAUGGCAAAACAGGAAGUCAUGGCCUGCCUGGUGCCAAGAGCCGCGCUUGUCGGUUGGCGGAGUGGAGGUCAGAGUCAACGCGGUCGCCCCUCGACUGGCGCGUGCCUGGUUCGAGUCUCGCCGGGACGGUUGGACAAUGUCGAGACUGCGGUCCAGGCGGGAUGGCAACGAGUGCAGUUGGAGAU